GAAGAAAAUGGGGCUUCUGGUUAUUUAGGGUUUAUCGUUGGUCAUGUCGCAACCAAGAAUCCUCCUGUGUGGGGAUGUUGUGGGACGAUUGGAUCAGCUCUUCAAGCGCGUCGCCGCUGUAAACACGGCCAAUGGGCCAUUCGAUGCGCUCUUUUGUGUGGGGCAGUUCUUUCCUCUGGACGAACACGGCGUGUCCCAAGUGAGGGAAUACAUCGAUGGCGCCAAGGAAAUUCCUCUCCCCACGUAUUUCACGGGGAAUUAUGGAGAGGAGGCUUUGCAAUUGCUGGCACCGGCAAAAGAUCGCGGCCUCGUCUCAGAGCCGGUGGUCGUCUCCAAAAAUCUAUUUUGGCUUCGAGGAAGUGGUGUGGUAUUCGUUCAUGAACUUCGUAUCGCGUUUCUAAGUGGAAAGUCCGAUGCUUUAGCCUACGAAGAUGCAAAGCUUGCAGCGGACGUGGGGGCAUUUCAUCAGGAUGAUGUCGAUGCUUUGCGAGCUCUAGCGGACGAUUCUCAAGUCAUCGAUUUGUUUCUCACUAAUGACUGGCCUCAAGGAGUGCUAUCUGGAAGCAAAGGGGAGAUACCAAGCGAAAAAGUUUCUGGGAAUCCAGUCAUAGCAGAGCUAGCGGCAGAGCUCAGGCCUCGGUACCACAUUGCUGGAUCAGAAGGCGUAUUCUUUACACGGGAGCCUUAUACCAACCAAGGUGUGCCUCACGUAACGCGAUUUGUGGCUCUGGGAGUCGUGGGGAAUGAUAAGAAACAGAAAUAUCUACAUGCUCUUUCUCCAACACCAGCUUCAAAGUUGUCAAGCGAAGAGCUUGCUGUUACUCCUCCAAACAGCACUCUUUCUCCGUAUGAGAAUCGUCCCUCGAGUAAAAAGCGUCCCUUGUCCGAGAUGAUACCGUCGUCGCAGUCCGAGGGACAAUUCUGGCGUUACGACACGUCCGAUGCGAAGAAGACCAAGCGAGUGGAGGGAGCAUGCUUCGAUUUUGUCACCAAGGGCUCGUGUGCUCGUGGGGACAGAUGCAAGUUUAAGCACGCGUUUGAAAACGGUGUGCUUAUUCCAAAACGAUCCUGCUACGAUUUUAUCACAAAAGGAAGCUGCGAGCGGGGCUCGGAGUGCCGAUAUCUACAUUCAUCAGAUGAGAAUGCAAGCUCUACGGCAGCAGACAACGAACAACAGCUUCCACCAGGUUCUUGUUUCAACUUUUUCAAGAAAGGAAGCUGUGAGAAGGGAGAUGACUGCAGAUUUAGCCAUUCUUCGGAAAGAAAGCAACAAGAAUGCUGGUUUUGUUUGGCGAGCCCAAACGUCGAGACACAUCUGGUUGCGAGCGUUGGAGAUCAUUGCUACGUUGCGCUUGCGAAAGGGCCUCUGAUGGACAAGCACAUGCUGAUAGUUCCCAUUGAACACACGCCGUCCGCCGUGUGUGUGUCACGAGAGGUUGAGAAGGAGCUCGAGAUGUACAAAGACUCGCUCCGCAAGUUUUUUGAGAGCCAGGGAUCGUCCAUUAUCAUAUUCGAGAGAUACAUCAACAUAAGAGCAGGAACUCACGCGCAUGUACAGGUAGUUCCUGUUUCAUCGUCAGCAGCAGAAUCCUGCCGUGAAGCAUUUGAUGCAGCUGCAAGCGAGCUAGGAUUCUCGUUCAUCAUAAUGCGUAGAAGCCAGUCCAAUGACUUGAGACGUUUGCUGGACAGAGUAAACUACUUCGUUGUUGAGCUUCCCGAUGGAACGACAUUGGCUCAUCCCUGUGCUGCCGGAGAGAAAAUGCCAAUGCAGUUUGGACGUGAGGUGCUAGCAGGCCUUCUUGGCACGCCAGAGAAGACGGAUUGGAAGGCUUGCAAGCUAACCAAGGACGAGGAAACCAAACUGGUGGAAGACUUCAAGCACCAGUUCCAAGCAUUCGAUCCGAUGCAGUACCCGUAGCUCGAUUGAGUGGACGUUGCAAGAAAGAAAGAAAAAAGGAAACAUUGUAAGGGAACCUGUAGUCAUCGGUAAAAGGAAAACAAUUUUGACAGCCCGAGUUUUCAGUAGCCGGUCCCGAGGACGAGAUAAGCAUUUGAUCCCUGUCCUCGACCACUAUGUAGUAAAUUAAGAAAUCAUUUACUUCUUCAAGUGGUAGUCACUAGUUACAAAAAACAACAAAAAAAAAAAAAGAAUUCCAGGAACUGUAAUGAAUAUAUAGAGCUCUUUUAUCGGGA